GCGUGACGUCAUAGUCUCGCGAGAUGUGCGUUGUGACGUCUGAUUAAUUGUCCGCAAGAGCUAAGGAGCUCAACAUUAACGGUGCUGCGGGACAUUUAAACAGCGAUCCGGAACUGCGUGCUGCGUUAAGAAAAUCAGGACUAUUGGGCGGUGACCUGAUUUAACAGCUUGCAAUUUGACCAUCAUGAGGAUAGCAGGUGCCAUAAAGUUUGUGGUAGCUGUUGCAUUGUUUUUACUGACAUUUUAUGUCAUAUCACAAGUAUUUGAAAUAAAGUCGUAUACAAAUCUGGGUAAUAUUUUUGUUAGGUCUGCCAUAGACACAGUGGCACAUCCAACGACUAAGGCCCCAAGAUACAGAUGUGGUAUUUCUAAAGUGUGUCCAGAGAAACAUUUUGCUUUUAAAAUUGCAAGUGGUGCCGCAAAUGUUGUUGGACCGAAGAUUUGCGUUGAUGAUAAUAUUUUAAUGAGUGGUGUGAAGAAUAAUGUUGGCCGUGGAAUCAACACUGCAUUGGUAAAUGGAAAAACCGGUGCACUAAUUGAGACAACGUAUCAUGACCUAUGGGGUGGAGAGGUUGGUCCAUUUAUCGAAUUUCUUAAGAAGAUUCCAGAUGGAACUAUAGUAUUAAUGGCAACUUAUGAUGACGGAGCAACAAAACUAAAUGAUGAUGCACGGAAACGGAUAUCUGAACUUGGGAGUACAUUAAUCAAUGUCCUAGCUUUUAGAGACAACUGGGUUUUUGUUGGUGGGAAAGGAAUAAAAACAAAAAGUCCAUUUGAACAGCACAUAAAGAAUAAUAAGGAUACAAACAAGUAUGAAGGCUGGCCAGAAGUUGUUGAAAUGGAAGGCUGCAUCCCUCAGAAACUGAAUGAGUGACCAAUUUCAUAAAGCUUGAAAAUAAAGGACCUCAAAAUAUAUCUAUUCAAGUUGUUUUCAAAAUCUAACGUUCCCUUACAGUCUUCCCGAGAACACACAUGAAUUAAUAGAUGAAGAAUUUUGACCAAUCAUGAAUCUACUAGUUUGUUGGUGUCCUAGUGUGGACAACUCAAUAUGCACUCAAAUGUACUGCUGAGGGUAUAGGGGAAAGUAUGAAAACUAUUGGUCUAGUUUUUGUAAACAAGUGUAAAUAUUCUGAACUAGGUCAUCUGUCAUUGUGAGCAUGACUAAGGGAUUUAUUUAUUGCUAACAUAAAAAUAUUUUUGUAUAAAAAAAAAAUUGAAACUAAUGAAUCUUCCUUUGCAGGAGUAAAGCUUUUACAAUAUAAUAUACUUUAUCCAUUAACAUACCGGGUAGCAGAAGGGGUUAUGCUAUUGGGAAAGCAUUACAUAGUCUAUUCCAUGAACAGUGCUCUCUGCUUCAGGGCUUACUCUUUGCAAUGAACUCAAUUCCACCAAAGACUUUGAAGCUAAUUAUUUAAUUCAGUUUGCUUUAGUAACUAGUUUUAUGACACAUUUCAGUGGGAAUACUUGUUUUGACUAUCUACCAUUUUAGGGGUAGAUUGAUUUAUUUGAAAAAUAUAUGCAAUAUAUAUAUAUAUAUAUAUAUAUAUAUAUAUAUAUAUAUACACAUAAAUGAUGCAAUGGCAUUAGUGACAUAGGUUACAAAAUUAAUCUUGUUUACGUUAGGUUUAGAAUUUUAAGUGUCCUUUUUGGUUUUAACUUUUUUUUUUCUGACAAGGAGUACUUUCUUAUGGCAUUUACUUUGAAUGAUGCUUCUGCAGUCUUGCACAAAAAUCUUAUAUAAAUGCACACACACACUCACUCGAGUAAUAUUUAUAUAAAUAUAGUAAAUAUUUUGCCCCAAGGGAUGGCUUUGGAAUCUGCAAGGUAUAGUCUUUGGCAGAGAAUAAAGAUUUAGUGAAGGUCAAAGCCUUCUAUUAGUAGCCACCCCUAUCUCUCCUCCUCUGCAAAUAGUUUAACUGCUGCUGAAAUGCUUUAUUUGGACUAGCACUGAUAAUGUUUAUUUUAUAAUGAAAAUGCACAGUUGCAAUAUGCUUACAGCUCUAUUAUACUGAAUCUGUUAAGUCGCUUGUUUUAUAUACUAUGUAUUUUUAACUAUGCUUGGAAGAUUUUUUUCCUUAAGACAAUAUUCUUAAGUUCUAUGUGACAAAUAUUUAAUUUGACUCAUUAAAUUAAAAGGACCGGUAACUCCCAACAAUAAAAUGUAUUAUUUCAUUCUC